AUGAAACACACGAGAACAAUACAGCAGCAGGACAUCCAGCAGCAGCACAACACCCAGCAGCAACAGCAGGACAUCCAGCAGCAGCACAACACCCAGCAGCAGCAGCAGGACAUCCAGCAGCAGCAGCACAACAUCCAGCAGCACAACAUCCAGCAGCACAACAUACAGCAGCACAGCAUCCAGAAGCAGCAGCACAGCAUCCAACAGCAACAGGACACACAACAACGGCAACGACAAAUUCAACUAAAUCAGCAAGUACAACAACGUCAUCAACAUCAACAACAACGACACAACCUGCUCGGACAUCAAAAUAUAUACCCGACAAUUCACGCAUUACACAUAGAGCCACCUUGAUAGAACCCUUACCAGAGUGGACCAUGUCUUUGACAGGUUGCCCAUUCUGUCUGUUGGGCGCACAGGAUAAUCUUAACGCUCAUGAAUGCACUGUGCCAACAGGGGUGCCACGCUUUUUGUAUGCGCAGCGAUGACACUACUGAAGGUUCUGGCUAUACAGGUAUGAGUUAGCGUUGUCUACCAGGGCCGUAUGACGUACAGACUAGAAAAACUCGACUAGCUUUCGCCAAAUUAAAAGAUUCGAUCCCAAUGAAAGUAAUAGUAGAGAAGCGCCGUAAGUUAUUC